CACAACAGAUCAGUCGGGAGUUUCGACAGCGUCGCCAGAAACGCCCGAGCCAUCAGAAUGAGUCGGUGUUUCAAGAAAUCAUUUACCAUUCCACAAGCUUUCAUACUGCUGGGAGCUCUCUCUAUGGUUAUUUACUUCAGUAAAUUCAACGGUGUUGAUCCCGUCACUCCCAUACUUCCAGCAGUUCAAGUACAAAAUGACAGUAAAGUGAUUCCUCUCACCACAGUCAAUUCCCACGUAUCCACAAGUCACGUCGAAGUAAUGGAGAAAUGUGAAGCGAACAUGUCUGUCACCAGCUUGUCGGACUUUGCCUCUCUUCCCGAUGCUAUACAAAACUUUCUCUUCUAUCGCCACUGUCGCCAUUUCCCCCUGCUGCUAGACCUCCCUGAAAAAUGCAGAGGCGUCAACAAAUCUGAGGAAGUCUUCCUUCUGCUCGUCAUUAAAAGCUCCCCGAACAACUACGACCGCCGCGAGGUACUGCGCAAAACCUGGGCUAAAGAGCGGACACACAACGGUGUGUGGAUUCGACGGCUCUUCAUCUUGGGAACGUCGGGUGCCGGUUACGAGAAGGAAAAGCUCAACAAGCUUCUCCAGGCGGAGCAGGAGGAGUUCAACGACAUCCUUCAGUGGGACUUCAACGACACGUUUCACAACCUCACCCUGAAGCAGACGCUCUUCCUGGGAUGGAUGAAAAGAAAGUGUGCGAACGUGCGCUUUCUGUUUAAUGGUGACGAUGACGUGUUUGCCAACACGGACAACAUGGUUGAUUAUCUCCAAAGCCUUGAGGGCAACGAUGGGAGCAAGCAUCUCUUCACGGGCUACUUGUUCAUAAAUGAAAAGGUUGUCCGUUGGAAGGGAAGCAAGUACUUCAUCCCAACUGUGAUCCAAGAGACGGAGACUUAUCCCCCGUACUGUGGAGGUGGUGGCUACCUAUUCUCUGGCUACACAGCGUUGGUGAUAAACGAAAUGUCUCAGAAUAUUACCAUUCACCCAAUCGACGAUGCUUAUAUGGGCAUGUGUUUGCUCAAAGCAGAGCUGGAACCGUCUUUGCAUGGUGGUGUGAAAACACUAGGGCUGAACAUGCCUUCGAAAGGACACGAUGAUUUCGAGCCGUGCUAUUUGAGACAGCUUUUGCUGGUACACCGAUUCCUUCCACCUGAGAUGUAUUUGAUGUGGAAGCAAGUGAACGACCCACAUUUAGACUGCAGCCCUUCCACUAAACUCAAAUAAAACAAGAUCUUUAAAACCUA